CUUAACUUUCAUUGCAAACAGAAGAGAAGACCUUGCUCAGAGGAUAUUCCUACAACACUUGGAUAUAUCCCUUAACCACAAGAACUAGUUGAUGUCUACGACUACAACUUGGUCUGCUGAACUUUUCAUGAAGUUCUGAAAACUAGUCUUGCAUGGACAAAUCUAUGGAUUGAUGGAGCCUAAACAUUUCAUAGAAAGAUUUCCUUAGCCUGGACGUUUGGUACAUCUUCCAGGACAGCAAUCUUCAGUUGUGGUCCUAGACAUGGCACCUACCCUCUCUUACUCAAUACAAACCACCGCUGUCAUAGCAGCAAUCAUUUCCUUUCUCAUUCUUUUCACUAUUUUUGGAAAUGUUUUAGUGAUCAUAGCUGUUCUAACCAGCCGUUCUCUGAAAGCUCCCCAGAACCUCUUCCUGGUGUCUCUAGCUGCAGCGGACAUCCUUGUGGCUACUCUGAUUAUUCCCUUCUCUUUGGCUAAUGAGGUAAUGGGAUACUGGUACUUUGGGAAGACUUGGUGCGAGAUGUAUUUGGCCCUGGAUGUUCUGUUUUGCACGUCCUCCAUAGUGCACCUGUGUGCAAUCAGCUUGGACAGGUACUGGUCUAUCAGUCAAGCCAUUGAGUAUAACUCCAAGAGGACUCCUAGAAGGAUAAAGUGCAUUAUCCUAAUGGUCUGGACUCUGGCAGCCUUAAUUUCUUUGCCUCCAUUGAUUUACAAGGGCAAAAAGGAAGACCACAAAAAUGAGAAACCUCAAUGCAAGUUGAAUGAAGACCCCUGGUAUAUUUUGUCCUCCAGUAUCUGCUCUUUUUUUGCACCUUGCCUGAUCAUGAUCCUGGUGUACCUGAGAAUUUACCUCAUAGCCAAACGUCGGAGCAAAAAGAACAAGGAUGGCAACAGACCCAAACAAAAGUCAAUUGACUGUCAGACGAAACAAAUCAUGGAGAAUUUACCUGUUCAGACUUGUACAACUCCACGUGAGAAGCCCGAUGCUGACAUCCAUUGUAGUGAUAAACUAUCCCUUCCAGGACAAAAGGAGAAGUGUACUGACCAAGCGCUGUCCAUCAAAGGCAAAGAGACAAAUGGCCAUGGGCCUUCCAUCAUGGACACUGUUGUUACACCCAAAGGGGUUAUUCUGCAGCCAAAAAAGUCACAAGACACCAUCUCCGUGACAAAGAAGAAAAGCCACAUCAACCGGGAAAAGAGAUUCACCUUUGUCCUUGCUGUGGUCAUUGGGGUUUUUGUCUUGUGCUGGUUUCCUUUCUUCUUCACUUACAGUCUAGGAGCCAUAUGUCCUGAGUUGUGCUACAUCCCACAAAGUGUCUUUCAGUUUUUUUUCUGGAUAGGGUACUGUAACAGCUCCCUCAAUCCAGUUAUCUACACCAUCUUCAACCAGGACUUCAGAAAGGCUUUCCGUCGAAUUCUUUGUAGCCAUUGGACGCACUCAGUUUGGUGACCACCAGCAAUGAACAGGUUGCUUUGAACUCCCUAUUUAUUAAAUGCAGGAGGCAGUGAUGUAGAUGUAUAGAGAGCUAGAUGUAAAAUAUACUAGAAAAGCCAAAUCCAUCACUGCUGGCUUCUUAGAUAUGUUUCCUGAUGAUGGGAAUUAUCUUCUGCGUUACAGUAUGUUGUCUGCCAAGCUGAGCUUGGUCAAAUAAAUCUGUCUACUUGUGUGA